AAAACUUCAAAAAAUGCCAGGCGCUGACUACAGUGCUGUAAAAGGUGGUGGAUUGAAAUUAAAAGCCGGAAAAAAGAAUUUAUUCAAAGUGGGAAAGGAGAAAAAGAAGAAGAACAAAGACGACAAGGAGAAAAUCGAUCCAGACACCGUCGAAAAUGGUGGUUGGCGCAAAAUUGCCGAUGAAUUCGAUAUGAAAGGAGGAACCAACGUCGCCAUCGAAGUUGCCAGUGGAGCCGGCUCAACGCGAACUUAUGUCGCUGCAAUGGACAACGGAAAAUUCACAAUUGGAUUUCCACAUCCGGAGGGAGAAGGCCCGAAUCCUGAGGAAAUUUUCGCGCUCGUCAAAACUCCAGACGAUAGUAAAAUCAGUUUGAAGACAGGAUUCGGAAGAUAUGUUGGAGUGGACAGCGAAUAUCAAUUGGUUGCCAUGGCUGAAGCUAUUGGAUCCCGCGAGCAAUUCGUGUUGGUUUUCCAGGAGGGAAAAACCGCGUUCCAAGCCGUCUCCUCACCACUUUUCCUCUCUACAGUUCCAAAUAAAGAGGGGCAUAUUUAUGUGGCUAGUAGAACCGCUACGGAGAAUGAAAUGGUUAAUAUCCGUACAGACGCUAUACAAGAAGGCCCAGUCGAUUGGAGAUCUGUGGAAGACCGCAAAAACGCUCGGGAGUGUGAGACGGCCUACGUGAAGAUGUAUCAGCACUCGAAGGUUGAUCUCAAGAACCGACAUAUUGCGAUUGACGUGAAGGACAAGAAAGGAGUUAAGAAAGCGCAGGCCGACGGAAGUGCACACGAGCUGCUGCUGGACAGACGGAUGAAAAUGAAAUCUGAUCGAUAUUGUUAAUAAUCUUCACUUGUAUUUGUUCUGUAAAAUUCAAUAAAUUCUCUAAUAAUU